UUCCCGCCAAAACCUUUUCCCGUCUAAAAGCUCUAAGCCCGACUCAUCUCUCUCUCUCUCUCUCUCUCUCUUUCUCUCUACUCUGCUUGUCUUGCGAUCAUCCAUGGCUCGCGAUUCCACCCCUCCAAGCACCCCAGGUUCUUCUCCAGCACCAUCAUCAUCAAGCCCUUUUCGAACUCCCUCCUCUUCAAGGCCAGGAAGCAACCAAAGGAGACGGGGAGGAGGAGGAGGCAGGGGUCAAAGGAGGAGGACCACCCCAACAAGCAAUUCAUCUCCUGGCUAUUAUGCAACACCACCGCCCAAUGUCGCUCCCUCUCCUGCUCCCUCUCCUGCCCUUACACCUUCUUAUGAUGGUGAUGAAGCCCCUCCAUCUUCAGAAGGUGGGGACAUGGACUCUAACCCUCCUAUGCUUGUUUGGGGCACGAACAUCAGUGUGCAGGAUGUUAGUGAUGCCAUUCUUCGAUUCCUCAAGAACUUCAGGUCCUCCCCCUCAGAUUUUGAGGGCAAAUACAUUCGCAUUAUUGAUCAGACCCUUGAAUUGGAAGGCCACUCAUUGAACAUUGAUGGACAAGACAUGUUUGAUUAUGAUCAAGAUUUAUAUGUUAAGAUGGUGAGGUAUCCACUUGAGGUUCUUGCCAUAUUUGAUAUGGUGGUCAUGGAAUUGGUCAACAAGAAGAAACCUCUCUAUGACAAACAUAUUCAGACUAGAGUCUUCAAUCUCAGGUCCUCUGUUAACAUGAGGGACCUCAACCCAUCUGACAUUGAAAAGAUGGUGUCUGUGAAAGGGAUGAUCAUCCGCUGUAGCUCCAUAAUACCAGAAAUCAAGGAGGCAUGUUUCAGAUGCCUUAUAUGUGGCCACUUCUCCGAUCUUAUCCCUAUUGAUAGAGGCCGAAUCAAUGAGCCCCCGAGAUGUGCAAGGGAAGAAUGUUUGGCCAUGAAUUCUAUGACUUUGGUCCACAAUCGAUGCAGGUUUGCAGACAAGCAGAUUGUGAGGCUUCAGGAGACUCCAGAUGCAAUUCCAGAAGGAGGUACUCCACACACAGUUAGUUUGCUCAUGCAUGACAAGCUUGUUGAUGCUGGAAAGCCUGGUGAUAGAGUUGAGGUCACAGGAAUUUAUAGGGCCAUGAGUGUCAGAGUAGGAUCAACACAAAGGACAGUUAAAUCUUUAUUUAAGACAUACAUCGACUGCCUUCAUCUCAAGAAGACAGACAAGUCAAGGAUGCAAGCAGAGGACCCUAUGGAGCAAGAUGUUAACGGUGUUGAUGCAGCUUCAUCUAGAGGUUUUGUUGAUGAUAUACCUCUUGAUUAUGAAGAUAAGGUAGAACAAUUGAAAGAACUGUCCAAGCAGCCCGACAUAUAUGAUAGGCUAUCCAGGUCACUAGCACCAAGUAUUUGGGAGCUUGAAGAUGUAAAGAAAGGUCUUCUUUGUCAGCUAUUCGGUGGGCACGCUCUGAAGCUGCCAUCUGGGGCUAAUUUUCGUGGUGACAUCAACAUCUUGCUUGUUGGUGAUCCUGGUACUAGUAAAUCUCAACUUCUCCAGUACAUACACAAAUUAUCUCCUCGAGGAAUUUACACUAGUGGGAGAGGGAGCUCUGCUGUGGGCUUGACUGCAUAUGUCUCCAAGGACCCAGAAACCGGAGAAACAGUCCUUGAAAGUGGAGCUUUGGUUUUGAGUGAUAAAGGCAUUUGCUGUAUUGAUGAGUUUGAUAAGAUGUCUGAUAGCGCAAGAAGCAUGUUGCAUGAGGUGAUGGAACAACAAACAGUGUCCAUCGCAAAAGCAGGUAUUAUUGCUUCCCUUAAUGCUCGGACUUCUGUCUUAGCAUGCGCCAACCCCAGUGGGUCACGUUACAAUCCUCGAUUAUCAGUGAUUGAAAAUAUCCACCUCCCUCCGACUUUGUUAUCAAGGUUUGAUCUGAUUUACUUGAUCCUGGACAAGGCCGAUGAGCGGACUGAUAAACGCCUGGCAAGGCAUAUUGUGGCCUUGCACUAUGAAAACCCUGAGACCCAAUUGCAAGAUGCUCUAGACUUGCCCACUUUGACUGCUUAUGUUAGCUACGCUAGAAGGCACAUACAUCCCCAGAUUACUGAUGAAGCUGCUGAUGAUUUGAUAACGGGCUAUGUCGAGAUGAGGAGAAGGGGUAACUUCCCAGGAAGCAGUAAAAAGGUGAUAACAGCUACUCCUAGGCAAAUAGAGAGUGUGAUUCGUCUCAGUGAAGCCCUGGCUCGGAUGCGUUUCUCUGAGUGGGUUGAGAAACGGGAAGUGGCAGAAGCAUUCAGACUUUUGAAAGUUGCUCUUCAACAAUCUGCUACUGAUAAUGCAACUGGGACAAUUGACAUGGAUCUCAUCACGACGGGAGUUUCUGCAAGUGAAAGAAUAAGGAGAGAGAAUAUUCUAACUGCCACCCGGAAUCUCAUUAUGGAGAAGAUGCAAGUUGGGGGUUCCCCAACUCGAGUGACAGAGUUGUUGGAAGACAUGAGGAAACAGAGCUCCAUGGAAGUCCAUGUUAAUGAUAUCCGCAAUGCACUUAUGAGUCUAGCGUCUGAAGGCUUUGUUAUGUUCCAUGGUGAAACUGUCAAGAGAAUCUGAGUACAUGACCUGUUUUACGUGGGCUAAGUUGAUCACUUUGGGAAGGGGUAUACUGUAGUGAGUACCGAGAAGCAUGCUGAAGAGCAUUUGCAAAAACAGAAUCAGACGCUGCAAUAAGAUGCAAAGGAGGGCUGAGAAGCACUAGUUCUGAUAUUAGUAGAAGGCUUGCCACUCCCAUUAGAGAUGCUGGUUGCAACCAUGUUCAUGAAAGUCUUGUGAGAAAUUUCAAGCUAUUAUGGGGUAGAAUAUUUACAAAGAAAUAUACUAAUUGGUAGUUUUAUUCUGACCAUUGUUAGAAAUUCUGAAUAUAAAGUUAAUUGGGCAAAAUGUUGGCCAGAACUAAAUUUAGUGGCUCCUAUCAUUAAUGUACCAAGAACUCAUUUAUCAUAUUUAAAAACUGAGGAAUUUAUCGAAA